AUGUCCAGACACCUUCAAACUUACAUUUGGAGUGAGUGUGUAUACACUUUGGAGAAUGUCAAGAACGGUCGCUGGCACCUUGGCAGCACCGGCAAGUACACAAAUGCCGAUGGCAUUUGGAAGGACAUCAUGGCUGUCAACCGGCAGAAGCAAACCUUCUUCAUUCAGCGACUCCAUUUUGCCUUUCAGAUCAAGAGGAAGCAGGUCCGGACAGCGACAACUGCGAGACUGUCGCCCGAGGGCUGGGAGUCACUAGUGGACUCCAGUUGCCUCUUGAUGUGGGUUUUGGAUGCAAUGAGCAAGGCCCGGACGGACGACGGCGCAGAUGUGUUGUUUACCCCAGACACGUUGAGAGCUGCUACGCAGAAGGUCUUGGAAGGGGACUACAACACGGAGGCUGAGAAGUUCUGCAUGCUCAAGCUGGCAGACAUCAAGCCUCAGGACCUGAACCUCUGGACAGACCACCUCGGGACUGCUGCACCUGCAAGCCUGAUCAAGCUUGGCAUGGAGGAGGUGACAAAGCUUGACAACGAGAGCAUCCAAAAACAGUUCGAAAGCGACGUCUACAAGAUCAGCUUGGACCUAACCGCCUUCCUUGCCCACUUGGCAGAGUUGCAGAAAUGUGGCCGCUCGAAACAGAUGGCAAAAGUGUGUCAUCUUCGAGCUGAGAACAAACGGGGUUCCAGCCUCGUCCUGGAUUUCAUGGAGGUGAACAGCAGGCACACGCACGGCCUGUACAAGGACGCGGAUGUGCUUGAGGAUGUGAAAAAGGCCUGGUAG